UUCAGAACCACAGGAAGGAAGCAGACCAUUGUAUCACUUGUUGCCACCAUGCUGGCUGCCCGCCUCUCCAGGACCCUGUCACAGCUCCCAGGAAAGACUCUAAGUGUCUAUGAUGGAGAACAUGGAACAAGACGCACAYUGUUGUUUUGCUCUACCUCCUUCACCUGUAUCAGGCGCCGGACUUACGCCAGUGAGGUGGACCCGGUUGGCAGCAAAGCUGUCCUGAUCACAGGCUGCGACUCUGGAUUUGGGUUCUCCUUGGCCAAGCAUCUGCAUUCGAAAGGCUUCCUUGUAUUUGCUGGCUGUUUGUUAAAGGACAAGGGGGAUGCUGGGGUGAAGGAGCUGGACAGCUUGAACAGUGACCGGCUGAGAACCAUCCAGCUCAACGUCUGCAACAAUGAGGAGGUUGAGAGAGCAGUGGAGACCGUCCACUCAAGCCUGAAGGACCCUGAGAAAGGGAUGUGGGGGCUGGUUAACAAUGCGGGCAUCUCGACAUUUGGGGAGGUGGAGUUCACCAGCAUGGAGACCUACAAGGAGGUGGCAGAAGUAAACCUCUGGGGCACGGUGCGGACAACGAAAUCCUUCCUUCCCCUCCUUCGAAGAGCCAAAGGCCGUGUCGUCAACAUCAGCAGCAUGCUGGGCCGCAUGGCCAACCCCGCCCGCUCCCCAUACUGCAUCACCAAGUUUGGGGUGGAGGCUUUCUCUGACUGCCUGCGCUAUGAGAUGUACCCGCUGGGUGUGAAGGUCAGUGUGGUGGAACCUGGCAACUUCAUCGCUGCCACCAGCCUCUAUAGCCCCGAGCGCAUCCAGGCCAUUGCCAAGAAGAUGUGGGACGAGCUCCCUGAGGUUGUCCGCAAGGACUAUGGCAGGAAGUACUUCGAUGAGAAGAUCGCCAAGAUGGAGACCUACUGCAACAGCGGCUCCACAGACACAUCCUCCGUCAUUGAUGCUGUCACACAUGCCCUGACAGCCACCUCCCCCUACACCCGCUACCACCCCAUGGACUACUAUUGGUGGCUGCGAAUGCAGAUCAUGACCCACUUGCCGGGUGCUGUYUCUGACAGGAUCUAUAUACACUGAAGAGUGACCUUUUGGGGAGCCCUAGAGGGAGGGAAGAGAAUGGGGGAGGGAACUCAUAUAGUCACCUUUUGAUUAACCACUUGUGGAUUAUCUCAUGUCCUAGGAGGCCCCAUUUUAGCAUUAACCAGAGGGGAUAACUCAGCCUGACAUGUUGAUGUGGUGAGUAGCUCAGGCCUUCACAUAUGGGAUGGGGUGGGGGGCCCAACUAAGCCUCAGGGCAAACAUGGUGUAUCUAUCUAAAGUUUAUUUCAUACAAAGAUUUUUGGAGAAAUGUCUUUAUAUUAAAAACAGAUUUAUUCUAGAAUAGAAUCCAGGUUCCUUUACAUUUUAAGCCAAAAACAUCAGUUCAAAAAAAUUUGAUCCUUAAACCUGCUUCAUGAGUAAAGAAGGACGGAUUUUUUUUCUUCUGUACAAAUAAUCUGUAGCUCUGAGAGAACACAUGAAUUAACCCUUUUAUUGCUUAGGAGUGGCCCAUGUUUUGUUUUUCUGCCACAGAUGUACAAACCCUUCCCAUUUGCAUUCCGGAGCCACUUUGGAUCCCUUUAUCCAGGAAUCCUCUGGCACCUCUGUCUUCGCCUGAGCUUUGCAUACCAAGUGCCCACUGUAUACCUCUUUGCACAUCCAUGGUGCUAUAUGACCAGCAGGCAGCCAGUGAUUGACAGUAGGCUGUAUGGUAGGGGUAUGGAUCAUUCUGGAGAUUUCCAUUUGAGAUUUCUCCACUGUCUUUGAGGACUUGGUCUAGACUUGUGUGGAAGUGCUCCAUAGUUGAGGGAAGUUUGUUGGUAACCUUGGUUUUACCUGCAGUGGGACUGGUACUGACUGGGGUUGCAGAUGGAGCAUCAGUGCCAAGGCCAGUACUGUGGCACCUUCUUCCAGUGGCGGUCUGGGUGCCUGUCUGUGUGGUACACACACACACACACAAUCACACACUCACACAUGUGUACUCACACAUGUUCAUUGAUGGCUUGUUUUUCCGCUAUGGUUAUACUUCUCAAGUUUGUGUUUGAAGCCUACCAUCCCUACAAUUGAGCAGGACCUGGAUGUUUGGACCCAAACAGGGACCACCAUCUUCCAGGUGACUGCAAGCCUCUGGGAGGUCCUGAGUGCCAACUUUGAAAAUCAAAUUAAACUAGCAUUUUCCGCCUCUCCCAGGAAGAGCUAGGCCUGCCGCUAGAGGGAGCCCAACUCCUCUGCAGCUAAGCCCCAACUCUGAACUUCCAUGCAAGCCUGAGGUCUCUCAAAGGGUGUGUGAUUCCCACCUGGGAGAUUGCCUGGGGGAAAAAAAAGCAAGGCCCCUUUAGAAACAGUAUUCCUGCCCUYUUAGCAGCUGCCUGGCUUGACCCUGGAGCAUGGUGCCAGGAGAAAGCAGGGGUCUCCUAGCAGCUGGAACAGGCCAUGGGCACAGAGAGUGCCAAGGCAGGGUGGCUCACAAAGAGCAGAUUCAGCUGGCCUGGUGGGCCUUUGUCCCCUUGUCUUCAACAGGGAUGCUCUGUCUUAGCUCCUGACUGCAGGGUGAGAUAGAGAGGGCCUAGGGGGCAGGAGGGAGGCAGGGCCUCCAGAGCCCAGAGUGGACCCUUGAUAACCAUUGUAUUUACAUAUCAAUGAGAUGCUUUUUUUUGUACCACYGAGCUGGCCUCCAGCAGAGGCUUUCAAAAUCACACUGUACAUAUUGGGAGGAUUUGUUUUCAUGCUUAAUAAAGGAAAAUGGAUUGA